AUGGAGGACGAUGGCUUGAUGUCGAACAUCAUCAUUGUAAAUGGCCUCCCGGCGAGAGUUACACCGGAGAAGCGUGCCAUGUUCUUGCGUCACAUGACGAAGAAAGUUUCCGACGUCCUUGGUCACGAUAAAUUCACAAUCCAUCCCGUCCUUGAUGAGGAAACGGAGCACGUUGCUGGAGCCUUUCUCACUUUCGCUACGGUGAAUAGCGCGGAGGAUGCUCUCGCCCGCCUAAAUCGCUUUCCCUUUACAAAGACCGAUAUUCUCUCGACAUAUAGGUGGUGCGCGCUUAAGGCAGCGAGUGAACCGCCGGAGGAGUACAAACCGCCAGAGAUGGAGCAGGACACCGAUGCGGAUUUUGCUCACACAAUGGCGGAAGACUCCAUGGCGCGCCCGCAGUUCUUCAUUAAGCAGGGCGAGUCCUUCGAUGUAGAGUGGUAUUGGUUUAACUACACUACACUAAAGGCUGAAUUAUACCGCAAGCCCCGCCCCCUCAAGACAGAUUCUGUUGGACAGUGGACGGAGAUGGACCGUCGACAGAAGAGACUUGACCCCGGUCUUGUGUACGGCGCCUUGACGUCUGUUCGGCCGAUGCCUGCAUGGUCGACAUUCGGUCGGAUUAUGGUUUCGCAGCAUAUGGGUGGCCUGAAACUGUGGGGUGGGCGCAAGAUGCAUAUGUUAUUCGAGGUUACUGAGCUUGAUAUCAAGGCCUUUUACAUUUCUCCACAGGAAAAAUACCUUGUAGUAAAGUCACCAAAGGAGGUGAGCGUAUGGAAUAUCCGUUUAUCAAAAAAGAUUCGCGUACUGGGCGGUCUCGAUCUUGCCGACUCAGAUAAGUGGCCCAUUGCCCGCUACAAUGCGGAGGAUGAGCUUGUCGCUAUCUCGCAUGCCUGUUUGGAGCCAAUGGGACAAGGUAAAUUAUUUUUGUAUCGAGCUGAGACAAUGCGAGCUCUCCAGGUGGAGUCCAACAGUGAAACACCGGUGCAUUCUUUGGUCAUUCCCGGACUGAAGGUGGCCGAAUGGAAUCCGGCAGUCGGCAAUCAGAUGGCCAUUCUAGUCCAAGGAGGCUCCAGUGAGGGAUGGAAGAUCAUCAUUCAAAACCUCGUUGUGAAGGAUGACGUUGUGCGUGCGGAGGUAAUUGAGCAGCGAAACUUCUUGCAAGCACAGCGACUUGACCUCCUAUGGCACCCGCAAGGCACCCAUUUGGUUGUCAAAGUAACGAAAACGAAUUCAACAGAGUAUUCGAUUUUUUCUGUUGGUGUGAAAAGUGCUGCUGCUUACCAACUGAAGGUGGAGAACGGCUUAACUCCUGGACGUUUUGCUUGGAAACCAAGCGGCCCUCACUUCGCUGUUAUAUGCGAGGACCGUGCAAGGACGGGAAAGUUGGGUGACACCUCGGAAAUUCGAAUUUACUGCAUAAAGAAACAGCUGAAACUUAUUGGUCAUUAUCCAACAUCCGCAACCCACCUCUUCUGGGCACCGCGUGGUUCUCGUUUGGUUGCAACGAACUACGACAAAUCAACGUUGCACUUCUACGGUAUUAAUGAUAGUGGCGCUUGCGUCCAACUCGAGCGAGUGACUUCACCCGUCACAGAUACCGCGUGGGACCCAACUGGGCGAUUCUACGCGGCGUGGGUGUCUGCGUUGCGGAACUCUGGCGAUAACCAGUUCCGUAUUUUUGAUCUCAAUGGUAGGGAACUCAUGCAGAAGUCAGUGCGCCAACUUUCGCAUUUUGCAUGGCGGCCGCUCGCCCCCCCGGUGUUAACGGCAGCAGAGAUCAAACACAUACAAGAUAAUCUUCGAGAAUACAGUCAACGAUAUCAAAACGAGGUUAAGGAACAAAAGGAACGUGAAGAGGCGGAACUUCAGAGUAAAGAGCGCGAAAAGGAGGAACAAUACAAGAAGCGCAUGAAGGGGAUUGCACGGCAUCAUGCCGAUAAGGGACUAGCCCGUACACGUGAAGAGUUGAUUGCCUCUUCGCGGUGGAGCCGUUUAUGGGCGCGCCGCAUGAAGAGCCUUCCACCAGAGGAGAUGAUUCUUCAUGAGGUUGUCACGGAGGAGCGCAUCGAGCGCCGGCGCCCGCUAAAUUAG